AUGUCUAAAAUGAUAACACCCAUAAAAGACAACGAAUUUGACAUAAUAAUAAAAGUGUCGUCUUCACUGAACGUACUUUCAGUAGUGUCAAGUUUCGCUGUGAUCACUAUUUAUCUGCUGAUGCGGAAAUAUUAUCCAGCGAUGGUAGAUCGUGUGUCGUUGAGAUUGGGCGUAGCGACAAGUGUCGCGGAUAUGAUGUAUGCUUUUAUACAGUUAACAAUCGUUGUGACAAAAGAUGUUUGGGCAUUUGUUUUUACGAGUCUACUUGCGGUGUUUUUCUCGUGCUGCAUAGCAUUAGCAAAAUCUUCAAAUAAUGUUUCUGCACGAAUACAAAGGACAUCGAAACUUCGAAAAAUAUUAUUUCAUCGUAUCAAUAUUCCUGGCAGGAUUGAUUUCCUUAUUGCCAGUGACUCAAUCAAUGUACGGAUACGACAAGCCAGAACACUUAUGUUGGUACCGAGAUACCGGCACACGACAAAACAUCAUAUGGCAAUGGACCACACUAUUCGUGUGGCUCGAACUUUCAAUAAUCUACUGCGCGAUAGUAUUCAUAACAAUCUCGGGUCUGGUGAUAGCAACAACCCAUAUGACUGUAGCGAUAUAAGAAAAUACCCAACAAAGACAUUCCACCUGAUUUCGAUGAUAGUCAGAAAAAUCUCCUGGUAUCCUGUUGUGCCAGUGAUUACUCAGUCAUCGAGUUUUCUCGUGGAGACUGUCGCAUAUAGUGAAAAGCGGUUAUCGUAUAUGAUAUUGUUAUUGGCUAUUACGUGUGUUUCUAUUCAAGGGUUUCUUAAUGCAUUGGUUUUCGCGAAUGAUAUUGCUGUUACGCGUGCAUGUCGAGCAUUAAAAGAAUAUUUAUGGCGAAAAUACGUGGACGAAUAUGAAAUCCGGUAUCCCCACAGAUCACAGAACAAAAGACACUACAACAAAAAUUCAUCCAUGGAAAUCAAACGUCAAAAGAUAACCAAAAAUGAAAAUAUCCCUGAAAUCGUAAUUGAAAACUCACAAACAGAACUGGAAGCUUCUAUCAAAAAUCAAAGUUAUAACAGAAAAGAAGAUAAAAAACUAGUUCAGAUAUGGGAACCAACCUUGCUCGAAUACAUUCAAUAUCAAGCAAUAAGCAAAAUCUUAAAAGCGCCCGAAGAAAAAUUGAAAAUAGAAAGAACCAAUAGUAGAAUUAACAAUAAUGAUAAUUCAACAAAGCGCAUUAGUAAAGAUAAUAAGAAAAUAGAAGGGUCAAAGAUUUUGUCGUCUUCGUCGUCGUCAGCACUAAGUGUCCAAGAAGAUGUACCUACCAGGAUACCAUCAUCAUCGUUGACGCUACCGGCAUAUCGGAACAAAGCAGAAGAUUACUCGGAACAUGAGUUCGGAAAUGAUGAUGAUCGUGCUGCAUCGUCGCCGAUUUCCACGACGUUUGGUAUUGGGAAAGAGGAAGAAGAAAAUAACCAAGAAGGGAAUGGUGAAUAUUUUGUUCCGAGUGGUUUAAGUGAUUUUUUGACACCUUCAUUAAAAAACAAUAAUGGUAUAGAUGAAGAAAAGGAAGUUGAUGAUAUAGAAGCAGAGGAUCUUUUUGACAUAUAUUGUGAGUUUAAUGAAGUCGAGGGGGGCUGCAAUGAAAAUAAAUUUAACAAGAAACGGAUGAAGAACGCUUUUGAAGAAUUUAUGCGGAAAUUGUAA